UUCAUUCGGGAAGCGAGUCGGAUUUUCUGUUUACAUGAAUUCGAUGGUCAAGAAGAAAAGAAAAUGAACCGGAUGAGCAAAAAAGAAGAAGAGAGACUAAGGAGGUUGCAGAUAUCAAGCUACUAUCGCUGUGUUCUGUGUGAUAGUCCUUUAGUAAUGGGAGUUACCCUUCAUCCAUUUCCGAAAUAUGGUGAGGAGCGAGAGCGUUGGUUAGAAUAUGUCAGCCGAUUUAAACCUGAAUUCAACCCAGAGCUUUCCCAGGUCUGUUCUCAACAUUUUACCACAUCUUGUUGGAAAGUAAUAAAUAGAAAAGUUGGAGAAUUUGGUGUUGGAAUCCAAAAGGUAUUAAAGCCAGGUGCCAUACCAUCAAUAUUUAACAAAGACAAAGAUGAAGGGAGGUCAGGGUCCAUACCAACCUCUAAAAAUGCCUUAUUAUCAAAAAUCAUGGCUCCAAAAGUAAGAUAUGAAUCAAGAAAAGCAAUUAAACCUGCACAAAAGAUCAAUGAUGCAUGUACUGUAUGUGGUUCACAACGAAAUGGUAAAAUAUUGUUGUUCGGACUACCAAAGGUUAUCCUUCUGAAAAUAGCCUGGAUGGAUUUUGUGGAGCGUUUUACUGAAGAUUUUAAGGAAAAAGACAUACCGCUGCAACAUAUCCGGGUAUGUUCCCAACAUUUUGAUCAUAAAUGCUUUGAAAAAAUGGAUGUUCCUGUAUUCCGAAAUGGUUUUAAAAUUGACCAAACACUGAAAGUCAGUGCUGUGCCAUCAAUAUAUUGGGUUGAAAAUUCAAACGGAGAGACAAGUAUCAGUAUUGCUUCACAGGAGGUAGAAAAAGCAGUCACGAAAGGAAAGAAGAAAAGAGGGAAAUCGAAACCAAAGAUUCCUAUAGAAUCUAAGGAAAGUGCUGAUUCUGGUAAAAUCAUAAAUUUAGAUCCACCAUCAUCUUCAACUAAUUUGUCAAAUAAAGGUCCUGAUCUAAUGUCAGCACGUUUAAAGUUAUCCAGUCUUCUCAGUCAGUCUGUUCGAAUCAGUGGUGGAAAACUUUCAACUAUGCCUAAUGCCAUGACUAAAUGUGAUUCUGAUAUCAAAAAUCUUUUUAAUAAGAAGGAAGAUGAGGAAAAAUUAAUAAUGCAGAAAAUCUGGAAACAAGGAUGUGAUGGUCCAACUCCUUUUGUCUGUUCAACAAAUAACUGUGGUGAAGGUUUUUUGCAUGUCAAGUUUUUAACCGAACAUGAAAAAUUUCACAAAAAAUCUGAUGAAAGAUUUACUUAUAAUUGUUGUAUUUGCAAUGCUAAAUUUUUUACGUUCAGAUCUUAUGACAAUCAUUUGAUAAGUCAUUUUGGCCCCUUUCGACGGUUUUGUGCACUGUGUGGAAAGCCAUUUGAAUCCAAGAACAAAUUGCAUAGACAUUAUAGCCUGCAGCAUGGCAAUAGAUAUUUGGCAAUAGGAAGAGAUCAAGAGCAAACACAGAAGAAAUCCAAGAACAAAGCUGCAGAAAUCCAAGAACCAGAGUUUGAAAUUGAAAUAGAUUAUGAUGGACAAGAAGAUACUGACGAAGAAGAUGCAGAUCUAGGAGAAGAUGGAAUAAUAAGAAUGGGGAGAGAAAGGUUAUUAGAAGAUUCUAUCAAUUCUGGUAAUAGAAUUAUUGAAAUUGAACCAUUAGCAACUGAAGAAACAGGUAUCCAUUGUUCUGAUGAUUACAAUAAACAGUUACUGCCUGAGGAAGAGAUACAUUUUUCAGGAGCAGCUCAAAUCGGAGGAAGAAGAAACAUUUUUGAUGAAGAUGAUCCUAAAGCUGAUAACAACUUAAGAGAUGCUGCUGCUGCAACACAUUCUAAAAUUAACAGUCUGGUGAUGAAAUCAAGUUUGAAUCAUGAAAUGGAUAGAUUAAAGACAGAACCAAAUGUGAGAAAUCUUUUUGCUGAUGUAAUCCUUUCUCCAAUACCCCAGAAUAAAAUAGAUGCCCCACGCCUGGAAAUUAUAAAGGACAGAAAAACCUUUUGUCUUAAAUUAACACCUAUUGAUAAUAUUUAUCCUAUAUUACGCACAAAACAUUCAGUUGAACUAAAACUUGAUGAUGUGCUACCUGAAAUCCAAAUGUUAGAUACUGUCCAUCUGGAGUCUGUAGCUAUCAAUAAAGGGGAUUUAGGGGGAAAUGCUAACGAUACACGUAAGAAAAAGAGGAAGGGCCCAAAAUAUUUUAAUGGCUCAAAGAAAAGACAGAAAAAAGGUAAUGCUGCUGAAUCUGUUCCCCAAAAGUUCAAAUCAGAACCAUUACACAAAUUAGUAACAAACAGAAAUUCCCAAUCCAAGAACAUCAUCCCUGAUGCAAACAAGAAUGACAGAACCGAUAACCUGUUUGAGAAAUUCUAUCUAGACUUUAAUGAUAGAGGAGAAGUUAGCACUGGAGCACCAAACACAGCAUCUACAUGUACAGUGAAAGAGCAGGAUGCAUCUUCAAGAAACUCUUCAACUUGUCUACUGAAAAGUAAGCCUUUAACUAUUAAGAAAGAAGUCACUGAUGAAAGUUAUGGAGGGUUUGAUAAUGCUUCAGAUGAACCUAUGGAAGUCCCACUGAAAGAACCAGCCAUAUAUUUUAUAUCUGAAAAUGAAAGUGAUGUAAAUAAUACUAUAAUGCCAGAAACGCCUAAUCACACCAUAAAUUGGCCUGAUGGAGAUCUGUUGAAUGAGAACAAAUGUAUGGGAAGUAUUAAAGGAGAAGAAUUCUGUGAAAUGAUAACCCAGUCUUUAAAACUUGAACAUGGUACAAAUGCUUCACACUUGUCUUUGGAUCUUAGUGAAAAUGAAGUUUAUAGCAGGCAAAUAAAACGUGAAAAGCUGAACAUUGAUCUGUGUGGAGAUUCGAUUAAUUUCUUUGGGAACUCUGAAGAUGGUGCUUAUGAUGAAGAUUCUUAUGUAAUAACAAUAAAUGAUGAUGAUUCAUCUGAUGAUUCACAAGAACCAUCUGCCCAUUUAUCGUCUACUGAAAUAAAGUCUGAAGAUAAUUCACCAGAAAUAUCUACCUCUUCUACUGAAUUCAUAAAAACAGAGAAUAAUUCACCCACACAAUCAUCAUUUGCAACAUCAUUAUCUGAUGUAAAGACUGAAGGCAGUUUACAGUUACCAAGUAUUGAAAUGGAUGCUGAAAUAAAACAAGAAAAAAAGGACAAGCUCAUCGAGAUACCUCAUACUCCUGACAUAGACCCUUCACUAUUUUCUUGUAAAUACUGUGGAUUAGGAUUUUUUGAGGAAUCAAGAGCCGAAAACCAUUUACCAUUUCAUUUUGAAACUGACUUGUCUCUUUACAAACAGUACUUUGUAAAGAAAUCACGGAUCACUAGAGAGUUAAGGACUAAGCGAUGCUCUGUCUGCAAUCAAACAUUUUCUACAUAUGAAAAAUUUCACAAACAUUAUAUCAAACAUUUGUCCUAUAAGCCAUUCGUGUGUAAAAUCUGUUACGCAAUUUAUCAAACAGCAGACCAACUCCUUCAACAUAACAUAGAUGAUCAUCAUAUUUCACAACAAUUUCCGUGUAGUUUGUGCUCUGCGUCAUGUAAAUCUCUUCAGGAACUUGAAAAACAUUUAAAUUCGGAAUGUUCGGUAGUUAAAUUGGCCUUGAGACCGACAUCACAGAGUCAGGUAAGAUCUGCGGUGAAAGAAGAAUCUGGAAUGGUGAAAUCAGAACCAGAGAGUUUUGUAAAAAACGAAUCAGGUAAAAAGCAAUGUGACCUUUGUUCGGUUUCUUUUCAUACUUUAAAGGAACUAAAGCAGCAUUAUAUAUCUGAUUGUCCCAUUGUCAAGUCAUCCUUGCAAACUCCCUCCAGUAGUCUACUAGGUGCAACAAGAACACCCCCUAUGCCAAGACGAACAAGAGGCAGGAAAAAAUCAAAAUAGGCCUAUUAGGAUUUAAACUAAAGAAGCAAAUUGAUACUUUUUCCAUAGACUUUAUUAGAUACUUGUGAUAUUUUGAUCCUUCAUCCUUUUCCUUAAAAAAAGAUGAAUUCUUAAACUAAAGAAGCAAAUUGAUACUUUUUCCAUAGACUUUAUUUUUAUUAGAUACUUGUGAUAUUUUGAUCCUUCAUUCUUUUCCUUAAAAAAAAUGAAUUCUUGAUCAACUGUUUAUUUUGUAAAAAAAAAAAAAGAUACAUAAUAUAGUUUACAGAACAUGUACAUGUAGGAAUAUGAAUAAGAGGAACUUUAACUCUUGGAUUACAUGUUGAUGAGUCUAAGGCAGGCCCGGAAAUAAUGGUUUUAGAUGUACCUGACAAAAUGUCAGACACUAAUGAAAUAGUACCUGACAUUUUCAACUUAGUGCAGGACAUGUAUUAAUAAUAUCAAUAAAAAAGACAAAUCAGUGCCGGACAAAAUGACAGGCACCAGAGGUUUAGUGCCUGACAAAGCCUGAAUCUGUGCCUGACAUUGUCUGUGACAGGUACAUUAUUAGCCAUUUUGAAAUGUUAUUUUUUUCACUAUCUGUCUAUAUCAAAGGGAAUGGUUGUUUGCUGCAUGUAUAGAAAACGAAAUUUUAAAAUUACUUCAUUAUAAUAAUAAUAAUAUAUUUAUUUCAUACACAAAGGUAUACAUACAGAAGUACAGAUGCGAUAAUAAUAAUAAUAAUAAUGGUAGAAAUACUAAUAAUAAAAUUUACAAUAAUUUUACAAUUAUUUACAGUUUCAUAAAUACAUAAAUUUAGUUAUUUUGUACAUAAAUACUCUAAAAUCUCGUUUAUUUGCUCUUUAUCACAGACUUCGUGAGAAUGUUUCAUAAAUAACAUGUCAUUGAUAGCGGCAGCAGUUUGCAGGUCAUUAACUUUAUAUUUGUUAGUGGCGACAUUUACCAUCCUACUUAUUAUUUCAGUUUUUUCUUAUGCAUUUCAUGUUUUUCACAAAUAUAAUUAAUAUUAUCACUUGCAUUUGAUUGGCUACCAUUUUGUGCAAGUAGUCCACAUUUGUUUUUACCGUUUAAAACAUACCAUAAAUUUUACAGACUGUUUAUGAAUUUGGACAUCAAUAGGUAGGUCAUUACAAAUCAAAUUUUUAAAAAUAAAUGUAAUUGUGCAGUUAAGAGUGUUAAUUUUGUGUUUGGUGCAGUAUUUAAUCAUUAAUGAUCAAUUACAAUUAAUGAUUAUUGUUAUGGAUACUACAAAAAUGGAGAUAUAGGUAAUUAUACAUGUAGAAUGUAAAUAUAUAAGUUGUCUAUCACAAUUUUGUUUUUCUUAAUUUUAUGAAUUAAGCUUAUUCCAAUUUGUAACGAACCCUACACCUUAAAUGGAGAAGAUGCAACAUAGUUUUGCACUGGGUUGAACUUGUAAAUGUAUGUCAAAGGAAAAUAUUUACACUACUUUCAAUUCCAUAUUUAUAUACAUGUACGCCUACAUUUUCAUGUGGACGUAUUAUGCCGUCGCCCCUGUCCAGACGUCCACCCGUCCACAAUUUUGUUUGUGGACACUCUACAUGUCACAAUUUUUUAUCCGACUUUGACGAAACCUGAAAUAUAGGUCUAUCUCCAAAAGAUUUCGGUUUCUUUCGAUAUUGGCAAGUACAUGUAUCGGACCAUAACUUCAUGGAUUAUGGCGAAAAAUCACGUUUUUAGCUUGUGGACAUUCUAGGGGUCACAAUUUACACCCAAUUUGGAUGGAACUUAAAUGCAUGUUUAUAACCCAAAGAUCACACUUCCCUUCGAUAUUCGCGCAUAUCGGAUCGUAAUUUGUUGAAUUAUGACCGCCCCUCGUUCGCAAAUAGUGUAAACAUUUGGUAUUUCAAGGUUAUGAACCCCUUAGAAGUCAAAUUUUGAUCCGAUUUUGACAAAACUUGAAAUAAAUGUUUAUAAUCCAAAGAUCUUAACUUACUGAAUUGUACGAAAAAUCUCGUUUUUAGCUUGUGGGCCCUCUAGAGGUCACAAUUUUUAUCCGAUUUCAAACACCGUUCGAAUAUAUCACCGUUACACACUAAUAAUGGAUGGGUUAGAAUUUUGUGAAAAUCGGACCAAAACUGCCGGACAAAAUGGCCGCCCCUCGUACGCAAAAAAGUGUAAAAAUAUGGUUAUAACAAGAUUGUGGAUCCUCUAGAGGCCACCAUUUUUAUCCAAUUUUGAUGAAACUUUAAAUUUAUGAUUAUCCACAAAGAUCUUGGUUCCUUUUAGUAAUCACGCAUAUCCGAACGUAACUUCCUGAAUUAUAGCCCUUGAUUGUUCGAAAAAGCGCAUUUUUAGCUUGUGGAUUCUCUAGAGGUCACAAAUGUUUAUCCGAUUUUAAAAACCGUUUAAAUACAUCACCAUUCCACCAUAAUGAAGAUUGAAUCCGAAUUUCGGAAAAAUCGAAAUGAAACUGCUCGACAAAAUGAACGCUCUUUAUACGCAAAUUCUGUAAAAGUAUCUAAUACGAAGGUUGUGGACCCUCUAGAGGUCCCAAUUUUUAUCUGAUUUUGAUGAAACUUAAACUAUAUCUUUAUAUCUCAAAGAUCUCAGUCCGUUUUGAUAUUUGCGCAUUUCAGACCAUACCAUUCUGGAUUAUGGCCCUGAUUGUUGAAAAAUCGCUUUUGCUUUUAGCUUGUUCUCUAUCCAUCUCUUGCACAAUGUGGGCGUAUCUUGCCUGACAACCGCUGGUUAUUCGGGUGCUACCAGCAAGCAAUUAAAAUCUGAGUAAAGGAAGGUUUUUUUUUAUCAGAGGCAGCGUCAUAAUUUUCCAGAAGAGGGGUGGGGGCUCCCUAGUGAACAGAACUUAUUGCAUCGAUCAGAAAGGGGGGAAAUAUGCAUAUGUACAUCAUUAUCAAUGUUUUGAAUUGUUUAAGCUACCAGCACAAGAAAAAAAAGUUUCGAAUCUCCAACUACAUGUCUUGAGAAUGCUACAUCUAGAAUCAUACCAAUUUGAACUUCUUUUCUUCGGGAACAACUUACUUAAAACUUUCUGUCUCGAGUUUUUUCAUGAAAAAAUAAUUUCAGAACAAACACGAUCUUGCUUAUGUAUCGUAUUAAAUUAAAUUACUACCUUACUUUUUACACUCAGUUAUGUUUUGAGUUACUGCCCCUGACAGUCAAAAGGUUCAAAACUCGAGACAUUUCAUCCGAUUUUAAUGAAACCAAAUGUCUAUAAAAUCUGGGAGGAGUUUGAAUGAACACAAAAUAGGUUAUUUAUUGGCUUAAUGUUUUCAACGAAGUCAGAUCGCCAUCGAACAAAAUAAAUCAACAUAUAACAUCCAAUGAAAUCGACAGUUUUAUUUUUGACCAAAUUCCAAGAAUUUUAUGGUUGUUUUCUAUUCAAUGAGUCUAUUUUUAAGUUGUUUAUUCAAUGAGUAUAUUUUAAAGUUGUUUAAGUUUUGUUUAUUGACAAUCCAUCGGGUAUUAUACUCUUUUAUUCGAUGAAUAGAUCUCAAAGGUAUUUAAGAUUGUUUAUUGACAAUCCAACAUGUAUUUUACUAAUCGUUCAAAUAGCUUGCUUUAAUUAGACCAUAGAAAUUUAGAUACAAGUCUAACUCCACACACAAGUUAGAUUCCUUUUUGGAAACGAUUGGGGCAAUUCUACUCAGAUGGUGUUUAUUACAUAACAACACCAGUCUUUAACUUAAAGGAGCUAAAUCGCUAACAUUUGGGACCUAGAAAUUGACAAGAGUAGGUCGCAACACAUAUAAUACUGUAAUAUGAAUGUAUAUAAACUGAUUUACAUUCAAUGGUUUCCGUUUUUACUCCAAUUUCAAAUCAGUUAUGUUCGGCGAAAUAAGCCAGCAGUCUCGAGCGAGUGCAAAUUUCGAGCGUCUGGUUAUUCCAGUCUACAUACGCCGUUUGAUUUGGUGCAAUGUGUCUAGCCUCGUCCCUCGAGUCUCUUGAUACAACUUGGGCUGAAGCGCAUUAUGGUACACGAUUCGUGUACCAAUGGUAAAAUGUUUAUUUUGUCUUAAAUAUUGGAUAUCAAAAGCCCAUCUUUUUCCGGUAAGAUCACAACAAGAAUGUUGAUUUAAUUUGACAAAUAAAUCGUGUUUUUAAUAUUGAAGAUUUUGGAUGAUAUUGAGUUAGAGACUUAGCUACUUUAAAAUAGUACGUAUUUUAUACUCUGCCUCUCUUGUUGGUCCGCCUAAGAUUACACUGUUGGAUAACAGACAUUUUGACAACCAAUUGGCUAUUACGUAACAAAUUAAAUAAAGAAUAAGCAGAUCUGUAAAUAUGUACAUGUAAAUUGUGGUUAUGUGCCUUGGGCCCUUUGUUUUGUAUAUUUAUAUGUAUAUAAGUAAACCUAUAAUUGUAUAUUUUGUAUAUUUUGUAAAUGAUUUGUAGAUUAUAAUAA